AUGUUCGGUAUUCCAACACACAAGCGCGAUCGUCUUUCAGCUCCUUAUCAAAUGAGUAAAGUGAAGAGCACGCUCCAUCAAAUCGUUCGAGACUGGAGUAGUGAGGGAAAAGAAGAGCGCUAUCUAUGCUAUAAACCACUACUCGAAGCCCUUGAGAAAUACGUGCCUAUCCAUCGAAAUGAGGAUGGAAGUGUCAAUCCCGAAAACCAACGAAGAGUCCUCGUUCCCGGCUGUGGCCUCAGCCGACUCCUCUUCGAAGUGGUGGAGCGUGGAUACGGCGGUCAAGGCAACGAGUUCUCGUACCAAAUGUUGUUAGUCUCAAACUACAUGCUGAACCACGUGUUCGAGCCUGAAUCAAUCGAAAUCUACCCCUGGACGGACAACACGAACAACAUUUUCGCGAAGGGCGACAACAACCGCUGCAUCCUCGUUCCCGACGUGGUGCCCUGCAGAGCCAUCCAGCAGGGAAGCGACUUCUCCAUGUGCGCAGGCGAGUUUUUGGAGAGCUACGAGAACCAAGAGAACGAAUGGGAUUGCGUUCUCACCUGCUUCUUCAUCGACACAGCCCCUGUGGUCUUCGAUUACAUCGAGGUCAUCCACAAGAUCCUGAAGCCGGGCGGGUACUGGAUCAAUCUGGGCCCGCUGCUGUAUCACUGGCAGUGCACGGAGGACAUCACGAUGGAGGAAAUGGACGAGCGAUACGAGCAGAGUUUUGAGAUCUCCUUCGAGGAGAUCGAGGAGGCGAUGAAGCAGAAGGGAUUCAAGUUCGAGGAGAUGCACCGCGUGUGCACGCCGUAUGCGGAUAAUAUGUGA